AUGGAGCUGUUAGCACAGUUGGUCCAACUUUUGGCGUUAAGCUCCGUUCUAGCGGCAACAUCCAGAUCUGGAGCUAAUCGAUGUCUGUCAGUGGGAUCUUUCAACGUCAAAUGGUUCACCGUGUCAAAAUCUGCUGACGAAAGCAUCCUGAACAUUGUGGCGGAUAUAAUCCGACGUUAUGACGUCAUGUUGAUGAUGGAAAUCAGGGACAAUGUCGGCCAGACGGCGAUGAAUCGUCUUUGGGAACUAGUCAAUGCUACCUCACCUUAUGGACUCUCCUUAAGCCAACCCCUUGGUCGUAAUACUAGCAAUUACAGAGAGCAGUAUGGUUUCUUUUACCGUAUAGGAAAAGCCUAUCUGGUUGAUUCGGUUCAGUACGAUGACUCUUCAAAUGAUGAAUUUGAAAGAGAACCGUAUUCAGUUUUAAUCAAAACAUCAGCCAAGUCAUCGAAACCAGGGAUAGCUUUCAUCGGUCUCCACACCCAACCUAAGACUACUGUGGCAGAAAUGACAAGUUUGAUUAAAGUGGCAGAUUUCGUUCUCAGCCAUUGGAACACAGACAAAGUUGUUAUUCUCGGAGAUCUGAAUGCAGACUGUAGAUACAUGUCUAAAAAAGCUCUUGCAAAGACUCCGCUAAGGACAGAUAAGAGAUUCACCUGGCUGAUCCCAGAUACAGCAGACACGACAAUUUUACCACAAACAAACUGUGCGUACGAUCGCAUAAUUGUCACAGAGUCCGUAAAGCACAAAGAUGCGUCCGUAUUUAACUACCAAAAAGAAUAUUCCUUGUCUCUUGAUCAAGCGAAAGCUAUAAGCGAUCAUUAUCCUGUUGAAGUGCAAAUCUGUUAA